UUUUUGUAAAAAUAAAAAAAAGGAAAAGUUUUUAGGAAUUUUGAAUGACGUCAUCCAGCGGAACCGGAAAUCGGAUCUCAGCAAACCGAAUAACAGGAAGCUGUCCGGUUUAAUUUCCGGUUCAAGUUACGAAAGAACUUUACUCACUGCCUCAGUUACGCCGGCUGCUAUUGGCUACUCUUUUGGUCGUCGGUGAAAUGUUGGCAAAGGUUGAGUGUGAUGUUUAGCGGUCGAAGAAUUUUGGUCCGUCUUUCUAGGCGAUCGACGCUCCUCCAGAGAAGAACAAUUUCCGGUAACAACAAGUCAAUCACAAUCUCCAACAACAACGGCAAGGUCAAUCGUAAUAGUACUAAGGAAGUUGAUAACUCUGUUGCUCUAAGUCGCCAGGAUGCCUAUAAGCAAUUGGAGAACCUUGACUUUAUGACUGCUGCCAAGAUGCUAUUUACGGACCCGCCAAAGAAGAAGAAAUUCGGGCUUGAUUUUCAUCUGGUACAGUUCUUCUUUGCUUGCUUGCCUUCACUGGCUGUUUAUUUGGUGGCUCAGUAUGCUCGCUAUGAAAUUAGAAGAAUGGAGGCGGAAGCUGAAGUGAAAAAGAAAGCUGACGAAGAGGCAAAAGUAAAAGAGCUGGAAUUGAUGGCUGAGGAGGAAAAACAACAAGGGACUGAUCCACAACUUUCUGAGGUGAAAGCAAGACUAGAUAAGUUGGAGGAGACCUUAAAAGAAAUUGUAGUCGAGUCCAAGAAACAAUCAGGUGAUGUUGCAGACAGGCCAACCCACAAUGCUGUCAAAGAACCUGCAACAACCAAGCCAGGGACUCAUAACACUCAGGAAAAGACAAAUCCCUCUAAUGAAGGGGAAAUUCGAGCAAAAUCAGCCUUGCCUGAUCAAAAGCAGAUAAAAACUGAUGGUUCCUCCCCUGAUGUGAACAAAUCCCUUCGCUUUCCUCUGAGAAUUUGGUAUUCAUCCAUGGCAAUGGCUCGUCGAUUAGUAAGACCUUUAAGAGGAAUAGCCAAAAGUGUGUUGCUUCGGCAGCAACCCCAGCCAGUCAUCUUCAAUUUUACUAGAAAUUACAUAUCGGAGAUGCGCAGAGAAGCAUUUGAAGAGAACAUUCUCAGACUCCUCCGUUACGAGAUUCGCUACGAGCUUGAACAUUCUCCUCCCUCUCAGCCUAUCACAAAAUUUGAUUCAUUUAUCAUUGAUGAAAGGCCUGGAGAGCAAUGGAUUAAAUUAAACAAGAAAUUUGGAGAGAAUGAAGAAAUUAAAGUUGAAGUUACUAUGUUUGAUGCAUCUAUUCCUGUUCAAAAAGGUAGUGAUGUAUCUGCAGCAGAUGAUGUGCAUCUUCACAUGACUAUGAUUGUCAAUGUUCUCAAAGGAGAAGGCAAUGAAGUGCUCGAGUUUGUUUGUUCUGCAUGGCCAAACAGCGUUGAGAUUCGUAAAGUUUACAUGCGUGGACAGAAUGGCACAGUGGAUCAGUCUUAUGUAGGCCCUCCAUUUAAGGAAUUGGAUGAUGAACUGCAGAAUUCUCUUUAUGAUUUCCUAGAGACAAGGGGAAUAAGCGAUGAACUUUGUGCAUUCUUACAUCAAUACAUAAAGAACAAAGAUAAACUUGAAUUUGUUCGCUGGAUGGAGAAGGCCAAAUCGUUCAUAGAGAAGAAAUAGAGAUAGUGGUUGCAUUUCUUCCGCGAAUGUUGUUUUGCUGACUUGCUUACGGACCAUUCUCUGGAUGUCAUUACUUGUGAGAAGUUAUACCUGCUGGUUUAGAAUGUGAAAGAAACACUUUUUUAGCUCAAUUGGAAGUCUGGCCAUACUAAUAUAUUUGUCUUGUCAAGGUUUCUUACUACAUCAGAGACAAAUCAGCCUUACCAAGAAGACAGGCAAUAACAUUUACUAAUUAGUUGAUGUAUUGAAUGAAGUUCAAAAUCAUCACCCAUUCUUCAAUCACAAAGAUUGUGCUGCAUCUUAGCAGAGUGUACACCUGGCUUUGCUAUGAAGUCAAUGCAUUUGGCGCAAUAGGUUUCUCCUUUUCCUUGACCUCUCUGCCACAUACUUGUACUUGAACUUUUUAGAUUGCUAUGUUGCUGGUGCGUAGAAAACUUCCAGAAACGGUCAUAAUUUUUAGGAGCAAAAUGUUAUAUUAUGUAUUUAUGGUCUACUUCUGUAGCAAUUUAGUCAGUUCAAUUUUGAGCAAACUUCUGCUUUCAUCUUAAGACGUUUUCAUUGUAACCAUGUCCCUCAUAUGGGCAUCUUCUUUUACUGUUUCAAAAACUCAACUAUCCUGGAAAAGGUAAAUUAUAUUUGGCUACAGUAUCUUA